AUGGAGGAUAUGCUAAGGGUGUGUGCCUUGGAUUUUCAAGGAACAUGGGAGGAUCAAUUGGAUUUGAUUGAGUUUUCUUACAAUAAUAGCUACCAUGCUAACAUUGGCAUGGCACCUUUUGAAGCAUUAUAUGGUCGAAAGUGUAGAAGUCCUGUGUGUUGGAAUGACUAUAGUGAGCAUCUUGUUAUAGGAACAGGGUAUAUUGAGGAAAUGGUGAAUAAAGUGAAGUUUAUUCGUUCAAGAAUCCAGGCUGCACAAGAUAGGCAGAAAAGUUAUGCCGAUUUGAAAAGGCAAAUUUCUUACAAAUUGGCAUUACCUAUGGAAUUUGAGAAAAUGCAUGAUGUAUUUCAUAUCUCUCAAUUGAAAAAGUAUGUUCCUGAUUCUAAGCACGCGCUACAACUUGAAUCGAUUCAAUUGGAUGAUACUCUAACUUAUGAGGAAAAGCUUGUGAAAAUUUUGGAUUAUAAGGUGCGUAGUACAUGCGAAAAGGAUGUGAAAAUUGUUAAAGUUCUUUGGUCAAACCAAGAGUAUGAGGAGGCUACUUGGGAGGCCGAGGAUGAUAUGAGAAAGAGAUACCCUGAGUUAUUUAAUGAGCUAUUUUAUUAUUCACGUAUCUAG